AUGUCGGGAGGGACCGGUGAUAAUACUGUAUCAGUGAUGACUGAGGAGAUACAAGAAAAGAUUUCCGAGGAAGUCGGAAAGGCCCUUGAAGCUAGCCUACCGGGAUUUAUGGAAAGGUUACAAAACACAAUACUCUCGAUCGUUGAGGAGAGGAUAAAUGAACUGAAGGAGGAUCUUAUCCAUGAAAGAGGUAAGGUCAAGGAAAAGAAAGGUUGUCCCUACAACAAAUUCAUGGCAUGUAAACCCCUAAUUUAUAAUGGAAAGGUAGAUCCAAUUGCUUGUCAAAGAUGGAUAAGCGACAUUGAAGGUGUCUUUGAACGAACACAUUGUGAUGUGAGCGAUUUUGUGGCCUACGAAACCGGCCAACUAAGAGGUCAAGCCAAAGAUUGGUGGGACAACCUUAGAAAUGAAAAAGGGGAUGAAGCUACGCGGGCUAUGACAUGGGAGGAUUUCAAAACACCUUUCCUCAAACAUCAUAGCCCAAAAGCGACCGAGGAGCAAAAGAUAUACUACUAUCACAAUAUACUCAGGGCUGAAUAUAGGGAGUUCGUGACUCCCUCAAAUUAUGAAAACCUCACUGAUAUAAUUAAUGCUGCGCGGGAGCGCGAGAUUGAACUGAAAAAGCAAAUCGAAAUAGGAGAAAGGAGGGCGUUGGCUGCAAACCCAAGCCCCACAAAGAAGCCGAAGGUAACUAAACCUUCAAGGAAAGGAAAUGUGAAAGAAGGAUCUCCGAGCUGUGAAAUAUGUGGACGUGCCCAUCGGGGCAAAUGUUUUUAUAAAGACAAACCAUGUGUCUUAUGUGGGAAAAUGGGGCAUGGGGUUUCAAAUUGCCCCGAUAAGGUGACGGUGUGUUAUAAGUUCUAUCAAUCGGGUCAUAAGAAAUCGGAGUGCCCGAAAUUAACGGGAAAGAAAGAGGGCGUUGGCUCAAAGAUUGAAAACCCCAAAGCCAAAAGCAAGAUCUUUCCACAUCAUUGCUGCUGA